AAAUGUGUGUCAGUAGGGCAGCGGUCUCAGCGACUCACAUGCCGCAUGCACAUGCAGCGGGACUUGAGCGGAACAUUCCAAUGUCAAAUCAGUACAACUGCUUCGCCUCCUUUCACGCUAACCAUCCGCCAAUGAAAACGUGAGAGAGAAUGAAGCGAGAGAGGGUGUGUUCAUAUGUGUAGUCCUUGGCAUACAAAAACAAAAACAACAGAGGUUGAAAGGACAAGGGUAGUGUGCGAGAGGGGGAAAAAAAAUUGAGGGCAGAGCCAGUCACAUUUCUAGAGCAUCUGAAAACGUGCUGCUGUGUGUGAGCCCCUAUUAAUGGGUGUGCGUCUCCAAAACUACUUCCACAUAUGUUGUGACUGCACUGGCACCUGUGCUGAAAUUCUUUGGAUUGUUUCUGCUCCCGCUCCAGAAACCUAGCUCUAGCCUACUGUACGUUACACAUCCUGUUCAAGAUAACUCUGUUAGGCAUCAGAUACAGGUUGAGGACGUUCUGUCUGAGAGACACUGACAAAUAUUUCAGUUUUCUCCAGUUUGAGCACAGUUGCUCUUGAACUUGUUCUUCUUUCUUGAAGGGUUGACACAACCCCAUGUUACGGAGUUUACUGGUUAUAUCCUACUAUCUCCGGAAACCGUUGUUUUUCUCCGCGGGUACAUUACGGUUUCACCUAACCUGACGCCAGCUUUUAUUGAUGCAGAGGGACGACUAACUCAGGGUCACUUUUCCCAAUUUUCAACUAAGUCAAGGAAACGCCGCUACAAUGGAUCAUAGCCCAGGUGGAAGUGUCAUCCUGUACGCUGGGUCAACGGGCAGUGCCAGCCCAAGCCCUGGCAGCCCCUCCAGUGGGUACCAGACGCAAUCGCCCGCCCCCCAGUCCCAGCCCUCCUCCCCCGAGGGGGGCUCCUUCGCCGACAUUGGGGUACCGAUGCAAAGAGUUGGAGCCGGCAGCGGCUGCGUUAGCAAUGGCUUCAGUGGCACUGGCAAUGGCAGCCCAGGACUGGUCUUUCAGUUCCCGGAGGUCAGCAGCGCCUCUGUCGCCACGGCGGUGACCCCUGCUAUGACCUCUGGAGGUCAGCAGUCCUAUUCUCACCCCUUGGUGGCUAAGAGACCGUGUGGCUUCACUGGAACUUUUACAAAGACAGGAGGAAUGGUUCUUCUGUGUAAAGUAUGUGGUGACAUUGCGUCAGGAUUUCACUAUGGCGUCCAUGCCUGUGAAGGCUGCAAGGGCUUCUUCCGCCGGAGCAUCCAGCAGAACAUCCACUAUAAGAUGUGUGUGAAGAACGAGAACUGCCUGAUCAUGCGCAUGAACCGCAACCGCUGCCAGCACUGCCGCUUCAAGAAGUGCCUGUCUGUGGGCAUGUCCAGAGAUGCUGUGCGCUUUGGGCGUAUUCCUAAGCGGGAGAAGCAGAGGCUAUUGGACGAGAUGCAGAGCUACAUGAACAGCCUCAACGAAUCAGCCGCCAUGGAGAUUGACACCUCCCCUGCCCCCGAGGCCCCGUCCAGUCCCGAUGAUAGCCAAUCAGAAGAGGCAAUCGGGGCCAUCUCGCAGGCAUACCGCAACAUCUUCGUGAAUGUCGACGAGAAGCCCAUCAAGCCCCUCGCCAACAACAACAACAACAACAACAACAUGAACAACAAUGCCAGCCCUGCCAGGUUCCAUGGCAACAAUGCAUCACAAGACUGUAACCACCCUCAGUCACACCCCCAUGCAGUCCCACAGCAGAACUACCACAGCCAGCCUACAACCGCCUACCAGCCGAGCCCUGCUCGCUGCCCCGUCACUCACCGGGAAAACGCCACGCUGGACAACAGUCGCUACGGUCACCAGGUCUCAUCCAAUCAGAGUUCACAGUGCCCUGCCUCUCAGAACUACGCAGCCAAUCAAAACAGCCACCCCAUCAACGAGACACAGGGUCCCACUUCCUGUCCCUUCAGGUUGAGCGGAGGAGCCAAAGUGUUGGCGUGUCCCCUGAAUGCGAGCCCUGUGUCCCCUGCGGGGCGCUCCAGCCAGCAGGUGUGGGAGGCCUUCUCCCAGUGCUUCACCCCAGCUGUCAGAGAGGUGGUGGAGUUUGCCAAGAGCAUCCCUGGCUUCCAGGCUCUCAGCCAGCAUGACCAGGUCAUGCUGCUCAAAGCAGGCACCUUCCAGGUUCUAAUGGUGCGGUUCUGCACACUGUUCAAUGCUAAAGAGCGCACAGUGACGUUCCUGAACGGGCAGACGUACCCGCUUGCCACGCUGCGGGCUCUGGGCAUGGGUUCCCUGCUGGACGCCAUGUUUGAGUUCAGUGAGAAGCUCUCGUCAAUGUGCCUGGAGCCAGACGAGAUGGCACUGUUCAUGGCUGUUGUUCUGCUAUCUGCAGACCGGGCAGGCAUAGCUGAUGUGGUGGCGGUCGAGCAGCUCCAGGAGGGCCUGAUUGGUGCACUGCGAGCCAUCAUCACCCGUCGUCGCCCUGACGACAGCUCGUUGUUCUCUAAGCUCCUCUUGAGGCUGCCGGACCUGCGCACGCUGAACACCCUGCACUCCGACAAACUGCUGGCCUUCCGCAUCGACUCCUGAAUCACUUGUCGUGAACUCAAACCCUCCCCCCACACCUCACGAGCACGAUACAGACUCACCCCUACACACAAACACACACACACGAACAAAAAGUCCUCAGGAAGGGCUUGAGUUGGUGACUCAUAACAGGGGUGGUCCGUGCAGGUGGCUGCUAAAAACUGCUACCCUUCAAAUCUAAGGGGCUGUCCAGACUGGCCUCUUUAAAACCAACAAAAAACAGGAACAGGUGGGCUAAGCCACCAGUAGCACCUCAUCACUCCACGUCUGAUACCACAAACACUCAAGAGCGAUGGACCGUUCCGCUGGGCAACCACCACAUCGAUGGACAUAAAGAGACACUGUCUGCUAAUGCUACAGCUACAGCUAAGCUAAGCAGUAGACUGUGCUUUGUCAGACUGAGAAGUGGGAAAAAAGAAACUUUUACAGAGACUGCUGUAUCUUUUUUUUAUAUAAAUGUGUAAUUAGAGAGAGUGAACAGAGAGCUUCCGUGGCCUUUGGCUGUCUCUACUUCCUGUGCUGUUUCAGUUUAAUGAGACGUUUCAAUGGGAAAGAGAAGAAGAAGAAGAAGUGGGAGAAUCUGACUAAGAAAAUAUUGUCAAUGUUUUAUUGUCAAACCGCAUUGUACAGGCCGGGUAGAUUCAUAACCCCUUUUUAGGGGGUGUAUAAAUAGUUGGGAAGGAGAAGGAUGUUCUCCUUUUUGAAGUGCUCCAAACGACUGAGAUGUCCAAACAGUUCCGAAAAAACAGAUGCAGUGUGUUUGUAUCAGUCGCUGUCCAAACAGUUCCGAAAAACCAGAUGCAGUGUGUUUGUAUCAGUCGCUGUCCUCUAUGCUCCACAGUAACAGAUUUCUGUUUGCGUGAUUACCAGUUUCCAGUCACAUAGGCACAUAGAUACAUACACACAUAGAAAAACAAAGCAAAAAAGGCUGGGAAAUGACCCUACUGUUUCUUAAAGAGUGAAGACACUCACAAACACACACACACACACACACACCCAUAGACACACAUGCACAUUCACACACAGAAAGGCUAAUAAGUAUGUAUUACCCACAACCCCCCAGGGGAUAACACACACUUUUCAUGCAUCAACGACCUCAUGAAGUCCUCCACCAAUUCUACCAAAUCACACUAGCAGUUGCUAAUUCUUCCAGUCCAUGAGAGGCUCUUUUGCAUACCUGUGUUUGUUACUCCGUGUCAUCAUUACGAUGAAAAUUGGAGAAAAAAAAUCCAAGCUGUUUUAUAUUUGGGCAUACAUGAAAUAUCUCAAUGACAUUUCAAAGAUAUAAAUUAUAUAUGAGUAAAUGCUUUAUAUGAGAAAAUGUCAGUGUUCUUUUGUGUGAUGAAAUCUGGGAGCUAUGAUCAAUUUUGUCUAUACCAUAGAGGAUGUAUUGCACAUUUUCAGGGGUUUAUUGUUGUUGUAUAUAUUGUAUAUCUGUGGAACUAAAUACCACUCCUGUAGAGAGUUGAAUAGCCCUGCUCUAAAUAGCAGUGCUAGAUUAUAAAGGGCUUCUUAUAUGGAAGGAAAGGGGGUUUUGCCUGAGAGAAGGAGGGGUUAUUUGGGGUUGGUCAUCCCUUGUGCAGAGAAAUGCCCACGGUUCUAAAAACAGCCAGAACCAAAUUCGACCUCUCAACUUUCACCCCAGCACCCUGGCCUGUGUCACUGGGGGCCAGUUGAUCUACAACUUGAGUCUAAACAAGGCUUUGGUUUGUAGUUUUUUUUAUUUCUCAGUGAUUUGGAGACUGUUAUUCGAUCACUGAUGGCCUAGCACGCUCCCAAAAACCAACCCCCCCCCCCCCAUUGUAUAUUUUGUAAAUGUGCUCUGUUACUCUUCUUCCGUAGAAAUUAUAUUAAAUGAAAUUAUACAUCA